AUGACACUUCCUACCUCAUAUAUCACUCAGACAAUAUUACCGGGGUUCUUGAUUAGGGCGCCACGCAAGGGCGGCAUCUUCAUCUCCUCAGCCCUUGUCCUCGUCUCGUGCAUCCUACUAUCCACCUCCACCACUCGUGCCCAGUUCUUUGUCGGCCAUGUCCUCGUCGGCAUCGCCAAGACCAUUGACAUCGCCUCCGUGCCCACCUACCUCGUCGAGCUCACCCCGCCCUCACGCCGUGGCUUCGUCGGUGGCCUAUACUGGGCUUGUUGGCUUCUUGGUGCCAUAAUAUCCUCAGCCGUUGGGUACGGUGUGCGCAGCGUUGCCGGAGAAUGGUCCUGGAGACUGAUUUGCAUCUGCAUGGCCGGCCCGGCUCUGGCUUGCAUUGCCUUGCUGCCAUUUAUCCCCGAGUCGCCUCGCUGGCUCAUCUCCAAGGGGCAGGGAUCCAAGGGACUCAAAGUCCUGACCGAGUACCACGGCAACGGCGACGCCACGCAUCCCAUGGUCACCGCCCAGUUCCGUGAAAUCAACGAGACCAUCGCCUUUGAAAAGGAGAGCCAGUUCGAGUCGUAUGCCGCGUGGUGGAAAGCCUUUGCGCAGUCAAAAUCCAACCGCCACUGUAGCUUCAUCUUGCUGACCCUCGGCAUCUUUGAGCAGACUGUCGGUUCUAGCAUCAUCACCUUCUACCUUUCUCAGGUGCUGAAUCUCGCGGGUAUUACAUCAGAGCGCGAGCAGUUUGCCAUUAACCUAGGCCAGAACUGCGUCGCCUUUGUAUCUGCUCUUACCGGUAUUUGUCUGAUCGACAAGCUGGGCCGGGUGCCCAUGCUGACGGUCGGCACGGCUUUCUGUGCAGCCGUUCUGGCAUGCAUGGCUGGGCUUACGGCUGAUCAGACUGAUAGCGCCGCUGGCAGAAAUGGAAUCAUUGCUAUGGUUUUCCUAUUCUACUGCAUCUUCACACCUUCAUCCGGUUUCUUCAACCAAUACGUCAUUCCUAUUGGUCUCGCCGGUAUCGGUUGGCGAUUCUAUAUUGUUGGUGUUGCCUGGAACAUUCUUGCGGCUUUUGUGAUUUACUUCACCUAUAUGGAGACCAAAGGUCUUAUACUGGAGCAGAUCGACAAGCGGUUCAACGGUAUACCGCGCGAUCAGCUCGAUGAUGUAAUCGAGGCAUACUAUGGUGGCAAGCCUAUCUCCGAGGGCGAACUUGACCUCAAAUCCGAGGUUAAGGUGGUCCCAUAG